GGAAGGGACUGAAGGAAGAUCAGCACUGCAGCAACACCGUAACCAGGAAUCAAGCAGGCAAGAGUUUAGUUCAGCUUGUCACACGACUCAGCAUCACAUUACUGAAAAGAGAAAGGAGUCGUCCUAAAAGGACAAAUAUAUCUCUGAUUAGCAGAAGUAAAAGCAGAAGUUAUGAUGAAACUCUUAAUCAUCUUCUCCAUCUGUGCAGCGCUCAGUGUCAACAUGGUGUUUUCUCUGAAGUUUUUAAACAAUAAGGAGUGUCUGUACGGAAAAGGGCGCAGCUACAGGGGAACUGUUUCUAGAUCAUCUAAUGGUCGCAGGUGUCUCAGUUGGAGUAAGGCUAGAAAAUCCUGGCUUUCAACUGAAAACCAUAACUACUGCAGGAAUCCUAACAAUAAUUUGAAGCCAUGGUGUUAUGUUAGAAAAGGAGACCGGAUCGUUAGAGAGUUCUGUGAUAUUCCAAAAUGUUUUAAACCAACAGUAAAUCCAACAACAACACCUACCCGGCCUGUAGAUACAGAAUGGACAUGCGGGGAGCGGUCCGCACAGAGGAUGAAUAAAAUUGUUGGAGGAUCUUUCAUACCCAUUGAGUCGCACCCAUGGAUUGCUGCAAUCUAUCAAAGGAAGUUCCUCUGCGGUGGUUCUCUCAUCUCACCCAACUGGGUCCUCACAGCUGCACACUGCUUCGUUGAUGGGAACAAAACCCGUCUCCAGGAUCUGUCAGUGUACCUAGGAAAGACCGAAAUCAAGGAAACAGAUCCUGAGAGGGAGCAAGUAUUCACUGUUGAGAAACUCAUCAUCCACCACAAAUACAAUGAGCAGAACUUCAACAAUGAUAUGGCACUGCUGAAAAUCUCCAACAAAAAGGGCCAAGGUGCAUUCAAGACAGAUUCGGUUCGGACAGUUUGCCUGCCUCCGUUAAAAACUUACCUUCCUCCUGGAUUCCCAUGUAGCAUUGCAGGAUUUGGGAAGGAAAGAUUUGGUUUUUCAUCCUAUUCCAACCGUCUAAAAAAGGCUAAUGUGAAUCUACUCUCUUCCACCGACUGCAAACGUGACGAGUCCUAUAAAGCUUUACUCACUGACAACAUGAUCUGUGCUGCAAGCCCUGACUGGAGCGAAGACGCCUGCAAAGGAGACUCUGGGGGUCCACUUGUGUGUGAAGUGUCGGGUCGCAUGUUUCUCUUUGGGGUUGUGAGCUGGGGUGACGGAUGUGCCAGUGAGAACAAGCCAGGCGUUUACACAAAAGUGACCAACUAUAACAACUGGAUUGCCAAGGAAACUGGGCUUACUGAAUACACAAAGGGACUGAUGUAUCCUCAAAAAUGAAACCCCAGCACACUUUAAAUAAUCUUCAGGCCAUUGCAUUCUCAUAAAAGGAAAAUCUGGUAGCUAUUUUUUAAAAUAUUAUGUGAAUAUAAACAUGUGUGGAUGUACCAGGUUUGGUUGUACAGUAGCAGUGUAAUCCUUCAAUAGAUGUCACCAAAGAGUUGGGCUAAACUUCAAUUUGCUUACUAAUUAAGGAUUGUUUCUGAUUUAGGUUCACUAGGUUCUUAAAGUAGGACAUCUUUUCUGUGACAAUUUCUACACACAUACAUUUAAUAGUAUUCUAUAUUAUAAUAUCUCCCAAUGAGCAGGUUCAAAUAACAGGAGAUCUGAUAAUUUGACACUGUGAAAGCAGUGUUGACCUACGGGUCCUAUAAUAUCACCACUUGGAUUCAACUAGCAGCUGAAAACAUUCAUAUAUUGUAUUUAUUGUGUAGCUGUUACUGUAGGUAAAUAGCAACUGACAAGGUCUGAUGUGUAUGUAAAAUUAAAUUGAUUUUCUAAAGUGUAUAUAUAUAUAUAUACACAUAUAUUUGUGUGUGUCUCUAAAUAUAUAGAUUAUGCAUACAUUUUAUAAAAUGAAAAUAAUAUAUACUUACGUUAUUUAAUGUAAUGGGCAUUUUUUACAAGUUCAAAGGCUGGU